CAACAUACUUUACACAUAUUCAUUGCAGUACUGUGCCGUCUGCAUUUCAAAGUAAUUCCUUCAAAGCAACUUAUGCAACCCUGUGAAAUCGAAGAAGAUUUGAAUGGGGGCUUAUGAAAUGAGUCUUGCAUGAAGAAAAGUUCUGGAGAACUUGAAAGCCUGCAUACUUUUUAGACAUCUGAAAUUGUCAUAAUAAAGAAGCCAUGGUGAAAAAAGUAGCCAUUGUUGGAGCCGGUGUGAGCGGACUGACCUCCAUUAAGUGCUGCCUGGAAGAGGGACUGGAGCCAACCUGUUUUGAACAAAGUGAUGACAUAGGGGGAUUGUGGCGAUUCACAGACUAUGUUGAAGAUGGAAGACCUAGCGUGUACAAGUCAAUGGUUAGUAACACCUCUAAGGAGAUGUCUGCCUUCACAGAUUUUCCAUAUCCAGAAAACUUUCCAUCCUUUUUAUCCCACCACCAACUCCUCGAAUAUCUGAGGAUGUAUACAAAACAUUUUGAUCUCCAGAAAUACAUUCAAUUAAAGACAAAAGUGAUCAGUAUAAAGAAGUGUCCUCAUUUCUCUAACACUGGCCAGUGGGAAGUUGUUACGGAGGCCAAUGGGAAGCAGAACUCAACCAUUUUUGAUGCUGUGAUGGUUUGUGUGGGCUACCUUACUGAGCCUUUAUUGCCACUCAACAGUUACCCAGGCUUACAAAAGUUUAAUGGUCACUAUUUUCACAGCCGGGAAUACAAAACCCCAGAGGUAUUCAGGGAUAAAAAAGUACUUGUGAUUGGCAUGGGGAAUUCUGGAGUUGAUAUUGCUGUGGAAGCCACUCAAACAGCAAAAAGGGUGAUGAUCAGCACAGAAAGAGGUGCUUGGGUACUGAGCCGUGUUUUUGAUAAUGGCUAUCCCUGGGACAUGGUGUUUCUAAGUCGUUUUUUGACUAUUAUCCGAAAUAGCCUUCCUGGACGUAUCACAACAUGGAUGAUUGCAAACAGAAUGAGCCAGUGGUUUAACCAUGCAAACUAUGGCUUAAUUCCUCAAGACAGGAGUGUUAUGAGAGAACCUGUAUUAAAUGAUCUACUUCCUUCAUGCAUUAUCACUGGAAAGAUCUCUAUUAUGCCUGCAGUGAAAGAGUUCAAAGAGAAUGCUGUUGUGUUUGUAAAUGCUCCCACUGCAGAGGAAGUAGAUAUUGUUGUCUUUGCCACUGGAUACAAAGCUUCUUUUCCCUUCAUUGAUGAAUCAAUCCUCAAGGUUGAAAACCGUCAUGCUUCCUUGUAUAAAUACAUCUUUCUUCCUCAACUAGAGAAACCAACACUAGCCAUUAUAGGCUUCAUCAAGCCAUUUGGUGCAAUCAUGCCAGUUAUGGAAAUCCAAGCACGCUGGGUCACACGUGUCUUUAAUGGUUUGUGUAAAUUGCCUCCACCCAAAAGCAUGAUGGAAGAAAUCAAUGAAAAGAAAAAAAACAAAGUCAACUGGUUUGGCUUGUCCUUUGAUGAAGUCCUGAAAACAGAUUGCCUUGUGUACUGUGAUGAAAUUGGUUCCUUCAUUGGUAUAAAACCUAGUGUGCCAGCUCUACUUCUCAAAGAUCCCAUGCUAGCAAUGAAGAUUUUCUUUGGCCCCUGCUCUCCCUACCAAUAUCGUCUGACUGGACCAGGAAAGUGGGAUGGGGCCAGAAAUGCCAUCCUGAACCAGUGGGGACGAGUCCUGAAGCCCAUAAGAAUCCGAGUUGUGGAAGAUCCCUUGAAUUGCUUCUCUUGCCUAUUGAAAGGGCUUGCCCUAUUUGUUAUCUUGGUUGGAAUUUACCUUAGUUUCAAUUAAUUUUUACAGACCACUUUGGGACAACCAGGUGCAAAUCUUUCUUUUAAAAAAGAUGUGCUACUCCAGGCACCUCUUCAAAAAGUUAGAAUUCUCUAAUUGCUAUUACAAAUGUUAAUUUUGAAUUUAUUUACUUGACCAGAUAGUAAUCAGAUUAAUUACAUUUGAUUUU